AUGGCUUCUCGCGUAUUUGCCACUGCUCUUCGUUCAGCUACUCGCUCUGCUUCUCGUCCUCUUGUUGCCAUUAGACCUAUGUCUGUCUUGGCCAACAAUGUUAGACGCACUGCUGUCAAAUCCACUAUCAACACUCAAAUUCGUGGCAUGAAGACCCUUGACUUUGGUGGCACUAAGGAAACUGUCUAUGAACGUGCUGAUGUUCCUAAGGAAAAGUUGCUUGAGACUUUCAAGGAUGAUACCAUUGCUGUCUUGGGUUACGGUCCUCAAGGUCGUGGUCAAGCCUUGAACUUACGUGACAAUGGUGUUAAUGUCAUCAUUGGUCAACGUGAAGGUAAGACUUACCAACAAGCUAUUGAAGAAGGUUGGGUUCCCGGUAAGAACUUGUUCCCUGUCUUGGAUGCCGUCGAUAAGGGUACUGUUGUCAUGAACCUCUUGUCUGAUGCCUAUCAAAAGGAAAUCUGGCCUCAAAUGAAGCCUUUGAUUACUCCCGGUAAGACCCUUUACUUCUCUCACGGUUUCUCUAUUGUCUACAAGGAUCAAACCAAGAUUGAGGCUCCUGAAGGUGUCGAUGUUGUCCUUGUUGCUCCCAAGGGUUCUGGUUUCACUGUCCGUCGUUUGUUCCAAGAAGGCCGUGGUAUCAACUCUUCAUUUGCUGUUUACCAAGAUGCCAGUGGUAAGGCUAAGGAACGCACUGUUGCUUUGGGUAUCGGAAUUGGUUCUGGUUACAUGUACGAAACCACUUUUGAAAAGGAAGUGUACUCUGACUUGUUUGGUGAACGUGGUGUCUUGAUGGGUGCCAUCCAAGGUUUGUUCCAAGCUCAAUAUGAAGUCUUGAGAGCCAAUGGUCACUCUCCCUCUGAAGCCUUCAAUGAGACUGUUGAAGAAGCCACUCAAUCUCUUUACCCCUUGAUUGGUGAACGUGGUAUGGAUUGGAUGUACUCUAACUGUUCUACUACUGCCAUGCGCGGUGCUCUUGAUUGGUGGAAGCCUUUCCAUGAUGCCUCUAAGCCUGUCUUUGAAGACCUUUACCGUUCUGUCAAGGAUGGUUCUGAAACUGCUCGUUCUCUUGACCGUAACUCUCAACCUGAUUACCGUGAAAAACUCGAAGAAGAACUCAGAGAAAUCCGUGAGUCUGAAAUUUGGAGAACUGGCAAGACUGUUCGUCAACUUAGACCUGAAAAUGCUGGCAAGAACUAA